AUGGAGCAGCAUUCGCCUGCUCGUCAGGGGCCCAGCUCUCCCAUUGCGUCUCGCGAUUCACGGUUGCAUCUUCCUUCUACGACCGACCCUCCUGGACCGCAAAAUCCCCCCAAACGUCUCGUAUGGCUGAUUUUCGGAGCCACUGGUCACAUGGGCCGCUCGCUCGUCAAGACCACCCUCGCCCGAAAUGAUCUCGUCGCCGCCGUCGGCCGGACCUUCGAGAACAGUCCCGAAGCCAUGCAAGAAUUGGAAGCCGAACACGAAAACUGCCUCGGCUUGCUGUGUGAUGUUCGGGCACGAGAGACUGUGAAAAGAGUCAUAGAUCGGACGAUUAAGCGCUUCGGCCGCAUCGACGUUAUUGCCAAUUGCGCCGGCUACGGCGUGAUCGGUGCAUGUGAAGACCAGGACGAGUUCGAUAUUCGGAAUCAGUUCGAGACCAACUUCACCGGCACCCUGAACAUCAUUCAGUUAUCUUUGCCGCACUUCAGGGAAAGGCGCGCGGGUCGAUACUUGAUUUUCAGCUCUACAUCAGGUGCGCUAGGGGUACCUGGACUUGGACCGUACUGCGCGUCAAAGUAUGCGGUGGAGGGUUUGAUGGAGAGUAUGCUUUAUGAAGUGGACAGCUUCAAUAUUAAGGCGACUCUCGUGGAACCCGGUCACAUGCGACGGGAUGACUUGGGAGAUCUGGUGUCCCCGUCAGUCAUGGCAGCCAACCCAUCCGAGCACAAUCUCUCCUCGCCUCUACCGCUAUACGGCCACUUCCUUGUCAAGCCGCCGAGCGAGCCGUAUAACACGGCGACAUCGCCUGCAGCGCAUGCCAGACGGAUGCUGAUGUGGCUAGGUGACAAGCAGCCUGCGUCUGCGGUGAAAGCUGCGCAUUUGGUGUGGGAACUGGGCCAUUGCUCUUAUCCACCUCUACGAUUGAUCCUUGGUACCUAUGCCGUGGAGAGUAUUCGGGAUCGUCUCAAAUGUAUCAUUGAGGAGAUUGAAGACUGGAAGCAUUUGAGUUUUCCCUUGGGAGAGUCUCAGCCUGCGCCUGCGAAUCGUGAAAGGUCUGCACCCGCUGAUAGUGCCGAUGGCGGGGAUGGCGAUGGCGGCAGUGGGUGA